AUGCAGGCGCGCUACUCCGUGUCCAGCCCCAACUCCCUGGGAGUGGUGCCCUACCUCGGCGGAGAGCAGAGCUACUACCGCGCGGCGGCGGCGGCGGCCGGGGGCGGCUACACCGCCAUGCCGGCCCCCAUGAGCGUGUACUCGCACCCGGCGCACGCCGAGCAGUACCCGGGCGGCAUGGCCCGCGCCUACGGGCCCUACACGCCGCAGCCGCAGCCCAAGGACAUGGUGAAGCCUCCCUACAGCUACAUCGCGCUCAUCACCAUGGCCAUCCAGAACGCCCCGGACAAGAAGAUCACCCUCAACGGCAUCUACCAGUUCAUCAUGGACCGCUUCCCUUUCUAUCGGGACAAUAAACAAGGCUGGCAGAACAGUAUCCGCCACAACCUCUCGCUGAACGAGUGCUUCGUCAAGGUGCCCCGCGACGACAAGAAACCGGGCAAGGGCAGCUACUGGACGCUGGACCCGGACUCGUACAACAUGUUCGAGAACGGCAGCUUCCUGCGGCGGCGGCGGCGCUUCAAAAAGAAGGACGCGGUGAAGGACAAGGAGGAGAAGGACCGGCUGCACCUCAAGGAGCCGCCGCCGCCGCCGCCCGGCCGCCAACCCCCGCCUGCGCCGCCGGAGCAGGCCGACGGCGCCGCGCCGGGACCGCAGCCGCCGCCAGUGCGCAUCCAGGACAUCAAAACCGAGAACGGUACGUGCCCCUCGCCGCCCCAGCCCCUGUCCCCGGCCGCCGCCCUGGGCAGCGGCAGCGCCGCCGCGGUGCCCAAAAUCGAAAGCCCCGACAGCAGUAGCAGCAGCCUGUCGAGUGGGAGCAGCCCCCCGGGCAGCCUGCCUUCCGCGCGGCCGCUGAGCCUGGACGGCGCGGAGCCCGCGCAGCCGCCGCCGCCGACCGCCCAGCCCGCGCCGCCGCCGCCGCACCACAGCCAGGGCUUCAGCGUGGACAACAUCAUGACGUCGCUUCGGGGGUCGCCGCAGGGCGCGGCCGCGGAGCUCAGCUCAGGCCUCCUGGCCUCGGCGGCCGGGUCCUCGCGCUCGGGCAUCGCACCCCCGCUGGCGCUCGGCGCCUACUCGCCUGGCCAGAGCUCUCUCUACAGCUCCCCCUGCAGCCAGAGCUCCAGCGCCGGCAGCUCGGGCGGGGGCAGCGGCGGAGGGGGCGGCGGCGGCGGCGGCGCGGCGGGCGCCGGGACCUACCACUGCAACCUGCAGGCCAUGAGUCUGUACGCGGCCGGAGAGCGCAGCGGCCACUUGCAGGGCGCGCCGGGGGGCGCGGGGGGCUCGGCGGUGGACGACCCCCUGCCCGACUACUCUCUGCCCCCAGUCACCAGCAGCAGCUCCUCGUCCCUGAGUCAUGGCGGCGGUGGCCAGGAGACCGGCCACCACCCUGCGGCCCACCAAGGCCGCCUCACCUCGUGGUACCUGAACCAGGCGGGCGGAGACCUGGGCCACUUGGCGAGCGCGGCGGCGGCGGCGGCAGCCGCGGGCUACCCGGGCCAGCAGCAGAACUUCCACUCUGUGCGGGAGAUGUUCGAGUCGCAGAGGAUCGGCUUGAACAACUCUCCGGUGAACGGGAAUAGUAGCUGUCAGAUGGCCUUCCCUUCCAGCCAGUCUCUGUACCGCACGUCCGGGGCUUUCGUCUACGACUGUAGCAAGUUUUGACACCCCCGCCCCCCUCAAAGUCGAACUGAAUCGAACCCUAAAGCAGGAACAGAAAAGAACCAUCAAUGCAAAAUCGAAACCAAAAAGAAAGAAAAAGAAUUCCAAUAAAAAAAAAACAGAAAACCUCGAAAAACAUUCACCAAACCAGCGAACAGAAUCCCUCCAAAAAUUCAACUCACCAGCACAAAGAAAACUAUUUUCUUAAAAGAUUCAGAGCCACCUUCACUUUGCCUUAUCUAAAUAAACAAAACGGUAAACUAUUUUGUACAGAGACAGCAAAAUCAUGGUUUAUUAAAGGACAGUGUUACUCCAGAUAACACGUAAGUUUCUUCUUGCUUUUCAGAGAUCACGCUUUCCUCCUUUCUCUCCCAUUCCCCUGCCCUUCUCUUUCCUCCACCUCUCACCUGUAAGAUAUUUUAUCCUAUGUUGAAAGGAGGGGGAAAGUCCCCAUAUAUGAAAAUCGCUUUCUUUUUAUUCAUGGACUUGUUUUAAAAUGUAAAUUGCAAUAUAGUAAUUUAUUUUUAAUUUGUAGUUGGAUGUCGUGGACCAAACGCCAGAAAGUGUUUCCAAAACCUGACGUUAAAUUGCCUGAAACUUUAAAUUGUGCUUUUUUUCAUUAUAAAAAGGGAAACUGUAUUAAUCUUAUUCUAUCAUCUUUUUUUCUUUUUGUUGAACAUAUUCAUUGUUUUGUUUAUUAAUAAAUUACCAUUCAGUUUGAAUGAGAUCUAUAUGUCUGGAUACUUUAAUACAACCUUAAUUAUUAUAAAAAAAAGAUUUCAGAUUAAAACACGAGAAAUGACCUAUUCUCCUCCUAAAUAGCUGAAAAAUGGAGAAACCCUCCGACUAUUCCUUGUCAAAUUUCACAUAAAAGUCUCUUUUUGUUUAGAUUUUUUUUUCCCUGCAGCAUCUUCUGCAAAAUGUACUAUAUAGUCAGCUUGCUUUAUGGCUAGUCAAAAGAUAUUUUCCUAAACAGAUCUGAGUUGGCAUAUACACAAAUAUAUUUUUUUUUCAGUAAGGACAGAACAUGAUCUGGAAAUUCUAAGCCCAUGAAUCAGCAGCAGUGUUACCACAGUGAUACCUGUGUGUAGAGAUAUGUGAAUGUGCCUCCAGAUAUACACAGAUGAAUAUUUGGCUUGUGUGUUACAUUAAAAAUCGUGAUGUCUGUUAUACAUACAUCCCCGUGAGCCAAAUGCUGGAUAGGUAUUUUGCCUAUUAAUUUCACUACUUUGUAAGAAGAAAAAUAAACCAGUUUUUAAAUGUAUGUAUAUAACUCAUCCACAUUUACAAUCCUUCAUGUAUUACAUAGAAGGGUUGACUUAAAAAAAUACAUAUAUAUAUAUAUACUGUGGGUUGGAAAGGGAUAUUUAAUCUCUGGGAAACUAUUUUAGAAGAUAUGUUUGUAGAACAAUUAUUUUUUAAAAAAGAUUUAAAGCAAUAAGAAGGAAGGAGAGAAGAGCAGAACAUUUUAGUCUAGGGUGGUUUCUUUUCAAUCCAUUUUUUCUUGUUAAUUUACAGUUAAACCUAGGGGGCAACCCAGAUUGGCCCUCCCCCUUUGUAAAUAACCCAGGAAAUGUAAUAAAUUCAUUAUCUUAGGGUGAUCUGCCCUGUCAAUCAGACUUUGGAGAGAUGGCGAUUUGAUUACAGACAUUCAGGGCCUUUCAGUUUGUUUUCGAGAUAAUACAGUUUCCUGCUAUCUGCCGCUCCUAUCUAGAGGCAACACUUAGCAGUAAUUGCUAUUGCUUGUUGUCAAAAUUUGAUCAUUGUUAAAGGAUUGCUGCAAAUAAAUACACUCUAAUUUCAGUCAAAAA